AUGUCGAUUGAAAUCCCUCUGAAGUACAAGCACUUGCUGGAGCCUGUCGACAAUGUCGACAAGAUCGAUAACAGAACUGAUGAUGAAAUAAUCAACUCGCUCAGGGAGUACAAGCCUGUUACAUCCGAGAAGAACAUAUGGACCUUUUGGGAUAGUGGUAUCGAUGGCAUGCCGGCUUGGUGCCGCCGUAACGUCGUAGGCUGGGUUCGCAUCAGUGGACCUGAGUGGACUAUCCGCAUUGUCGACGACAUUCCCGACUCUCCCAAUUAUGGCGGGAAGUUUAUCCCCAAAGGGCUGCCUGAUUCCUACUAUGCAGGAACCAUGGACGGCACCCAUCCUGGGCCUCAUAAGGCUGAUUUCCUCCGAGGAGCGUGCAUCUACGAAUAUGGAGGAGCAUGGAUAGACAGCAGCACUUUCUUGGUGAGGACGAUCGACGAUAUAUGCUGGGAUGAGCUUGAGAAUCCCGAGUCUCCAUUUCGUGUAGCUGUUCCCGUGUUCUCUAGUGGUUUAUUGAACUGCUUCAUCGCUGCAAGAAAGCAUGACCCAUUCAUCAAGCGAUGGCAAGAUAUAUUCAUGGCUAUAUGGCAGGGCCACACCAAUUCGAAUGGAUUGGCUAAGCAUCCUUUGCUACAAGACAUCAUACCCCUUUGGUUGAAAUUUUUUGAACCGCACAUCAACGGCGGCAUGGGUUUGACGGUAGACGUGGAUAAAGUUACUGAGUAUGCCGCUCAAAUGCUGUGCUGGCAACGUGUUUUCAUGCUCGAAGACGUCGGAGACGGAUUCUCAGGGGCCGAUUACUGGCCCAAGAACAUUCUUCAUAUUAGGUGCAUAGAAGAGCUUCUUCAUGCCUUCUACGUGCCAGGGUCAGAAGUGCCCGAUUUCAGGAGGGGAAAAGAACUAUUCGAGCAAUUCUCUCUCAAACGCGAUGGACCCAAGGACUCGGCACAGUAUCAAGCGGCAGAAAAGAUGGUCUGGUCAGUGUUAACACAGUCAUCUAUGCUCAAGAUAGGAACGAUUAAAGGCAUGGUGGACUGGGUAUCCCUCAGUAAUCUCUGGGCCCGUCCAGAGAACUUAGGGAAAGACUGUGAGCCUGGAACCUUUGUCGAGUUGCUGAGAAUCGUCCCGCUACACUACAGGCAGCGCCGAAAAGGGAUUAAGACUUUUGAGGGAAAUAAAUACCCUGUCACUCUCAAGAAGGGACAUCUUGAGCCCUAA